ACCCAAUGUCAAAACCUAAAUGUGUUGUUCCGGUGUAUUGUAUCUAAGUACCUCUUUGUGCUCUUAAUUUUCCGAAAAUAUUUCGUGACGCACAAGCAAACAACAAGUAGCAACAUGUAGCAAGUGACGGAUCAUUUUCUGGAGACUUUGACAACCUGACUACACUUGAACCGAGUUGACACAAGCGAUAAAGAGACCUUGGUGCUACCGCCGUUUCCAGUCAGCAAACAUGGAUUACUGUCAUGGCGAGUUUAGCUUCGCCCGAUGUCGUCUGUGUGGAGACCCCGUCAACAAUCCCAGAAUCCUCUGCUGCUGGCACGUCUUCUGUCAGGAAUGCAUCAUGGGUUAUAACGUAGAAGAACAGUUCGUCAAGUGUCCUUCUUGUAAGGAAAUCACUGUGCUACCACUAGAGGGGAUUCCCGGUUUACAGCACAGGGCUCGCGGCUUUCUGUCCCGAAUCGGGAGUCAGAGCCCGAAGAUAUCCGAGUUCACGAACGAUGUCUACCUUCGACACUACUGUCCCCAUCGCGCUAAACAGGUGCAAGAGUUCCGGAAAUGCUUUGUUCCUGCAACCAGAAGGUGUAUCGAAUGCGACGAGUACCUUUGCUCACACUGUUCACCACAGCAUCUGUUAGAAAUGCAUCAAGCGCCGCCUAGCGUCUGCAAGCAACACGACAAAGCAGAGGAUUUCUACUGUGAAGACUGUAACACCGUGACCUGUCUCCGCUGUGCGUCCACUGUCCACAUCCACCACGACACGUGGGAGAUUGACGAGGUCGCGGAUGGGUUCAGAGAGGUCAUGCAGUACUGGCUGGACCAAUGGCGACAGGGGAGAUGGCAGAUCGAAGAGGACCUGGAGAACAGUAUCCAAGAGAUCAACGCGCAGAUCCAGAUCCAGUCGGACAGAAUCCUGGACGAGAUUAUUGAGGUCCUCAGGCAACGCGAACAGGACCUGCUAAAUCAGGUGGACAGGUUCGCAAGGGACAUGUGGACCAGGUUUCAAGAAGAAAAGAGCAAGAUUAAGAGCAGUUCGGAGUUCAGCCAUCUCAAGCCGCUGUGCGACUUCAGCGAGAAUCUCGUACGUUUCGGCACUGACCGAGAGGUCAUUGCCCUACACCGGGAGAUGACGCAACAGUUGGAAUGUGCUAUUAGUGAGAUCGAGCCGACAGAAGUAUCUGAUGACCUGCACUCAGAAAUAUUCUUCGUACCACAGAAGCUCCCAAGUGUCGCUGACUGGAUCCAGAUCGGCGCGGUGUCCAUCUCUGGUCCGGAUUCUGACGGACUAUCCAGGCGCAUGAGCAGAGACAGCGGACAGGGAUCACGAAGCUCAUCAGAACUGUCUCUUAUCAGUCUGGGAUUGGCCAGGAGGCAGUCACGUGAUAGUGACGUCAUGCCACAUAGGUCUAACCAGUUGAGGCCAGUGGGGGAUUACGUCAGCAAGUCUAGUGAAGACGUACGUGUCCUGACGACUACAGAGGAAUCACCAAACAGGCCUUUAUUAGAUGAAGAGUACAGCAUCGAGGACCAAGAAGAGGCUAAGACCAGCUGGCAACGUCUGAAGCACAAGAUAUGGAAACAUGGCCACGAAACAACAGAAAAACUCAAACGGUCCUCCUCCCCCUUUCACGUCACAGAGACAGGGAAGAAGCUCUCGCAGCAUCCAGAGACAGAGGAGGAGCUCAGUGGACCAGAGGAGAAUGCCGGGAAGACAGAGGAGGGUGUGAAGAGAGUUGUCCAGUCUGCCAGACGGGGUUCCACGUAUCAAAGAGUUGUGGUACCGACAGUACAAAAGGGAGAACAACAACAGCAUUCGGACGUAGCAGAGCCAGAACAUUUUGACUGGAGAAGAUCUAGAUCCCGCACUUUUGACCUUGGAAUAGCAGCAUCCGAUGCCACAAACAGACAUGACGAUACUCAGUACAAAAUGGACCCAAACCCACACACUUUUGAUGAACUGACAGCCAAACUUUCUGCUGAUAAUAUUACGACUAAAGAACACUUCAAUUGGAGAAAACAAAGAUCUCAAAGCCUUGAUUCAGAGUCCGGGUCGCCGAAGACUGACAAGAGGGAUUCAAGACGACAUUUUCAGUGGAGGAACAAACGUGCACAUACCGUACUAACCAAGGUGCCCGAAAAACAACGAGUACUGAGUCCGAAAGGGCAACAUACAAAGCACGCCUGGCAAGCUGAGCGACGGAGGAGUUUUACGGACUAGUUUCGUAUUUUAGGCCCCUGUAACAAGUCUUGGCUGAUCAUGGCCUCCCGACCUUCUCCAAACCACGGUUGGGAGCUAUUCGUGAACAAGGUCAUCUGCGGUUGGGAGUUGGUCAGCGUAGUCGCCUUCUAUAUAGUGUAACUGUUGUCUGCGUUAACUAUACAUUUUUGCAACAAAAAAAAAAACCAAAGUGGGGAGACUCAGUCUGCUUGGAUGUAAUCAGAGGAGAGAACAAGAGCUAGAACAGGCAGAAUUUCAGCCUACUCCCAACUCCAGCACCGACCUUGGUUGGGAAGUUGUUUGGAUAUAAAGUAAUGUACAGCAAAGCACAGUCUACAAAAACGUAUAAAGACAUGGGAAUGUCCUUACUGUGUGACAAAGAUUUUGUGUAACAUGCUUUUAAUAUUACGCAUACACUGUUUGUAAUUAUUACAAAGCUGCGGCAUGUAUGUUUAGUUUUAGAUUUGGUUGAUAUACAAUAUGCAUCUUACAGGACAAAAACACACGCAAUAUUCAAAUACAAUUCAACCCCUACAACUGAAUAAAAACGGAACUUUCCGUCCGGACGUUUUGAAUGACAUCUUAUUCAGCAUCACUAGAAUGAACUGGUAGAAACAAGAGACAAAGAGAAAAAACACACAAUGAACAUCUCCAACAUUUUGUCUUGUAUCUGGAGCGUUGGUAAUGCGUAAUUGAGUAAACUGUCGCGGGUUCAUCUGACUGAAUCUAGGGCAAGGCAAGGUAAACGAUGCAAAAUGAUGUUGUUGCUAGGGUUGUUGACUUGAGAAUGUAGAGGUUCUGGGUUAGAAUCCCUAUCAGUGCCUUUGUGAAAUGUAUUUUACUCUUAUAUUCAUUUCCGUACUUGACUCCAGUAGACUUCUUGUUGCACUAUUUUCGUACUGAUAAUUAUGUGUCAUUAUAUAUCUGAAUGUACGACCUUUCGGUUUAAUAAUGUUAACUCCAAUUCACUGAACACAGGUCACAGAAAACAAUACAACUUGUCCUGCUAGUCCUAAAAGUGGGGCCGCCGGUAAAACGCCAUGAUAUUUUCUUCCUGCACCUGUUUAGAAAUUAUGGAUAAAACAAGCUUUUGUUGUUACGUAGUUCACUAAACCUAUUAGGACCAACUGUGAUUUUAUAAAAGUUACAGAUUUACGUUAAAUGGUGCUGAUACAAGUUGUGAAACAUGAGUACAACGUCGCUUUGUUCUCAUCUUUGAACUCGUGUUAUUGAAUAAAAAUAUCUUUGGCUACUAAGGAAGUUCAAUUCUUGCUAUGACGUCAUUAACCUUCUAGAAGGUCAGCUCGACCGU